AUGCAUCACUGUAAGAGAUACCGGUCCCCGGAGCAGGAGAACUACCUGGGUCACAGGUGGAAAAGGAAAAGAUCUCGGAGCAGAGACUACGAGGGGAGAUUACGAUACCCACCCCGCAGGGAUCUGGCCAGGAGAUCACGAUCGAGAAGCCAUGACAGGAUGCCUUAUCACAGGAGAUACAGACGGGACAGCGAUGCCUACAGACUGGAAGAGCGAAGCCCCUCUUUCGGAGAGGAUUAUUACUCCACCCGCUCGCGAAACUGGCGCCGAUCCCGAGGCCGAGAGCAGCAGCACCGUCCAAAGAAGCACCAGCACCACUGCAGGAAACGCAGGACCAGGUCUUGUAGCAGUGCCUCCUCGAGAAGCCAACAGAGCAGUAAGCGCAGCAGGAGCGUGGAAGAUGACAAGGAAGGCCACCUGGUGUGCAGGAUCGGCGAUUGGCUCCAAGAGCGAUAUGAAAUCGUUGGCAGCCUGGGCGAAGGCACUUUUGGCAAAGUGGUGGAGUGCGUCGACCACGCCAGAGGCAAAUCUCAGGUGGCACUGAAAAUCAUCAAAAACGUUGGGAAAUACCGGGAAGCAGCCAGGCUGGAGAUCAACGUCCUGAAAAAAAUCAAAGAGAAGGACAAGGAGAACAAAUUCUUGUGUGUCCUGAUGUCGGACUGGUUCAACUUCCACGGCCACAUGUGCAUCGCCUUCGAGCUGCUGGGCAAGAACACUUUCGAGUUCCUGAAGGAGAAUAACUUCCAGCCCUACCCUCUCCCUCAGAUCCGACACAUGGCCUACCAGCUCUGCCAUGCCUUGAGAUUUUUACACGACAACCAGCUGACUCACACCGACCUCAAGCCAGAAAACAUCUUGUUUGUCAACUCGGAUUUUGACACACUCUACAACGAGAAAAAGAGCUGUGAGGAGAAGUCCAUCCGGAACACCAGCAUCCGGGUGGCAGACUUCGGAAGCGCCACCUUCGACCACGAGCACCACACCACCAUCGUGGCCACCCGGCACUACCGUCCCCCAGAAGUGAUUCUGGAGCUGGGCUGGGCGCAGCCGUGCGACGUCUGGAGCACGGGGUGCAUUCUGUUCGAGUACUACCGCGGCUUCACGCUCUUCCAGACCCACGAAAACCGCGAGCAUCUCGUCAUGAUGGAAAAAAUCCUCGGCCCGAUUCCAUCUCACAUGGUCCACAAAACUCGGAAGCAAAAAUAUUUCCACAACGGGAACCUGGUGUGGGAUGAGAACACGUCCGACGGGCGCUACGUCCAAGAGAACUGCAAGCCCCUGAGGACGUACAUGCUGCACGACUCCCUGGAGCACGCCCAGCUCUUCGACUUGAUGAGGAGGAUGUUGGAGUUCGACCCUUCGCGCAGGAUCACGUUCUCAGAAGCUCUCCUCCAUCCCUUCUUCGCCGGCCUCUCCGCCGAGGAGAGGAUGCUGUGCGGCCGGGGGGCCAGCAGGGACCUCAGCAGAUGACAGCUGGGAUUUUGUCCCCCCCAAAAAAAAAAACCAGGACAGGCUCCAAACUCCCCUCUCUGCUCUCCUCGGAGGGGCUGGGGGGCACUGCCACAAAGGACCCUGGGGAAGGAAACAAAAAACCUACAUCCUAAAGCACAGAUUUGUCUAUUUAUAUGUUGUAAAGUUAAAAUAAAAGUGUUUCUUAUUGUUUGAUA